GGAAAUUUCGGGAGCUCCAGUGCACGCUCGUGCUGUGCUACCCGGCUUGCCGGCACGCUGCGCUCGCAGCUUUUUUUGCGCCGACCUUGUGUUGCUUCAUCAUCACCACUUUUGCUCCCUCCCGCGACUCCAACGCCUUCCCUCUCGCCCCCGUCGCCGGCCCGCAAUCCCUUUCGGCCGAUCUCGUUCAAUCACAGCCGCAUAUCCCACCCCGUUGCAGACCCCCCCAGCACCAAUAAUGUCGAAUCCACUGCCGUCGAUGCCUCCGGGUCGGCCAACGGCCAUUCCUGUUGACGCCCCCUCAUCCACAUGGGAUCGCAUCACGUCCUGGGUCUCGGAGAACAAGGCAGUCGUGUAUACCAUCGCUGGUGUUGCCGUUGUCGUCACAGGCGCCGGUGUUGUCUACUACCUGAACUCCGACGCUAAUACCAAGGCCGAUUCAGCUCCUAAACUGAGCAAAAAGGAAAGACGAAAGCGAAAAGAGGCCGAGCGCAAGGCCGCCGAGACUAAGGAAGCACCUACCACAACCGAGUCGAAAGCCGCCACGGUCCAGAGCGAUUCCGAACUGCCCGACGUCGACGAGCAGUCAGUCUUGAGCCUGACCCAGGAGCAGCGCGAAGAGUAUGCCGCGAAGCUGAAGCAGGCGGGCAACAAGGCCUAUGGCGACAAGGCGUACAACAAGGCUAUUGACUUGUACUCCAAGGCCAUUCUCUGCAAGCCCGACCCCGUCUUCUACUCCAACAGAGCUGCAUGCUACAGCGCCAUGAGUGAAUGGGACAAGGUCGUCGAAGACACCACCGCCGCCAUAAACAUGGACCCUGAAUAUGUAAAGGCCAUCAAUCGCCGAGCCACUGCCUACGAGCACCAAAAGAUGUACUCCGAGGCUCUCUUGGACUUCACGGCCUCCUGCAUCAUCGACAACUUCAAGAGCGAUUCCACGGCUCAGGCUGUUGAGAGACUGCUCAAGACGUUUGCCGAGCACAGGGCAAAGGAGAUGAUGGCUUCCAGGCCGCCCAAGCUGCCCAGUCCCAUCUUUGUUGGCAACUACCUCCAGAGCUUCCGGCAAAAGCCCCGCCCCGCGGACCUCGACGACUCGAUCGAACUCGAUGUCGAGACAGGAAUUGGUCAACUGCAACUCGGUCUCCAGGGCCUGGAGAAGAAGACGGCAGACGGAUACGAGGAGGCGAGAUUAGCAUUUGAGAAGGCUCUGGAGCUCGGUGAGCUCGGUAACCACGAGCCCCUCGCCUACAACUUGCGCGGAACCAUGCGAACUCUUCUAGGCAACCACGCCGAGGCAACCAAGGACUUUGACAAGAGCAUCGAGCUUGACCCGACCAUGGUUCAGAGUUACAUCAAGCGCGCCAGCAUCAGUCUGGAGCUCGGCGAGCCGGACAAGGCAGAGGCUGAAUUCGCCAAGGCCCUGGACCAAAACAAGGACGAUCCUGACGUUUACUAUCACCGCGCCCAAGCCAACUUCAUCAAGGGAGACCUGGCCGAGGCGCAAAAGGACUACCAGAAGUCGAUUGACCUAGACAAGGACUUCAUCUUCUCUCACAUCCAGCUCGGCGUGACUCAGUACAAGAUGGGCUCCAUCGCGUCCUCCAUGGCCACCUUUCGCCGGUGCAUCAAGAACUUCCCCAAGGUCCCCGACGUUUACAACUACUACGGCGAGCUGCUUCUGGACCAGGGCAACUUUGCCGAGGCCGUUGAGAAGUUCGACACCGCCAUGGAGAUGGAGAAACAGUCCAAGCCCAUGUCCAUGAACGUUCUUCCCCUCAUCAACAAGGCUCUCGCCCUCUUCCAAUGGAAGCAGGACUUCAAGGAGGCCGAGAAGCUCUGCCAGAAGGCUCUGAUUAUUGAUCCGGAGUGCGACAUUGCCGUGGCCACCAUGGCCCAGCUCCUGCUUCAGCAGAACAACGUGACCGAGGCGUUGAAGUACUUUGAGCGCGCAGCGGAGCUGGCCCGCACCGAGGGCGAAAUUGUCAACGCCCUUUCCUACGCCGAGGCGACCAGGACGCAGGUCCAGGUAACGGAAAAGUACCCCAAGCUAGCGGCUAAGCUGGCUGGCGGCGGCGGCCCCCCUGGAUUCCGAAUGGGCGCCUAAGCGACCAACCCAUUCUUUCACCUUGUACGACCAAAAAGGGGCGAACGGAACCGUGUGAUGGCGGAUCGCGGUGUGUACGUGUAGGGGGUUGAAGCCGUCGCCUAGUGAGUCGCCGCUGGUUGGGCUAUUCGGCAUAUGUAUGAGGCCACCAUCUUUGUCUCGCUCUUGGGAACUGGGACGGAGCAUCCCCGUCGGGUUUCUGGCGGUUGUCGGUGGGUGGGUGAGCUGUCCAAACUGUGUCAUGCACAGGGUAUUACACAACGAACGGAGUAAGCAUUGUAUAUGUAUUAGUUUAAUGAAACCCUUCUCCCGUGGAGACCUCUGUAUGAUCACGACAACCCCUCGUUGCCCUGUUUUUACUCUUUUUUAAUCCUUUUUUCGUCUUGAACGCUGCGCGGCAGUCUUGG